UUUAUUUUUAUUCGGGGGAAUUUAACGGGGGUCCCCUCGCAAAUAGCGCAUGCAGCGCACAAGCGUGCUUCUCUUAUCGCCUCCAACGUCGCGGAGAUCCGUCAACAAAGACUUGCCGCCUCGCACCUCAUCACUUGCUCGGGUCGUUGGAGGCGCUCUCGAAGUAAAUGCCUCUGCACAGAGCUACCAGGGACAUGAUUAGGAGAUUAGGAAGGGUUGUGAGCUACCACAGGCGUGCUCCUAAGGUGUGUCCUACUACGACAGGGCUUCUGCAACCGCAAGCGACCAGGCAGCAGCAGUCCACCCGAUUUUUCAAUCGCUACGCAUCACUGGAAACUACGUCCCAUGCAAAUCGAGUAUUUGUGCCGGCCGAAGAGUUUCAGCGCGACAAGGAGAAACCUUUCGAUACACAGGAAAGUGGUCCCGUGAAUGUGGAAGACCUUCUGUUUGAUAUGUUCAAGGAUGCAGAUGACGCAGUCUGUGUGGGAAAGUUCUUGAAUGCACUGUUCACAACUGGGCUGUGGAAGAAUGAUCCGCGUCUCAAGGAGAUGAUGCAGAACUUGAGAAAUGUUCACAAGGAGAAAUCGCCCGUCCGUUCACUUGAAUCGCUUGCUCUGAACAGGGAAACGUUUGCGCAAGUGAUCCGAGAGAACAUCGUUCUCAUCACUCGAGCGCUGCGCCACCAAUUUGUGAUUCCAGACUUUCAAGACUUUAUUCGCUAUGUUGAGGACUUCUACUGGAAGUGCAAAGUGAACACCGGUGGAAAGGUGGCUUCCUACAUUCCCCAGCUGGCCAAGUACAAUCCAGACUAUUGGGGAGUGAGCAUCUGCACUGUGGAUGGCCAGAGGUUCUCAAUCGGAGACACAGAGAUUCCAUUCACGAUCCAGUCAUCUGGCAAACCUAUCAACUACGCCAUUGCACUCACCGAGCUCGGCUCAGACGCUGUCCAUCAAUACGUGGGCCAGGAACCAAGUGGCAGAAUGUUCAAUGAGCUUGUCCUCGAUUAUAACAAAAAACCACACAAUCCCAUGGUGAAUGCUGGAGCCAUUGUCGUUGCUUCGCUGCUCCUGUAUCUCAUAGAGCCAGAGAUGAGGACAUCUGAAAAAUUUGACUGGAUGCUCCAGUACUACAAAGCAGUGUCGGGAGGCGAGUACCUUGGCUUCAACAAUGCCAUAUUUCUUUCAGAGAGAGAAGCUGCUGACAGAAACUAUGCCAUAGGAUUCUACAUGAAGGAAAACAAAUGCUUCCCUGAGAGGGUCAACCUCAAGGAAACCAUGGACUUCUACUUUCAGCUGUGCUCUCUCGAAGUUAACUGCCAGUCCGUGAGCGUAAUGGCGUCAACAUUAGCCAAUGGUGGUAUCUGUCCCGUCACAGGCCACCAGGUUAUGAAUGGGGUGUCCUGUCGGGAUGUCCUGUCGCUGAUGCAUUCAUGCGGAAUGUAUGAUUAUUCUGGCCAGUACGCCUUCAAGGUUGGCCUGCCAGCCAAGUCUGGUGUCUCGGGCUGCACGAUGGUGGUGGUGCCCAACGUGAUGGGCAUCUGUCUCUGGUCACCCCCUCUGGAUGUCUACGGAAACUCUGUCCGAGGCGUGCAGUUCUGCGAGGAGCUGACUAGGGUGUUCAGCUUCCAUCACUAUGACAAUCUGCGCCACAUGACUCAGAAGAAGGACCCUCGGCGACAAAAGUAUGAGACCAAGGGCCUCAAGGUGGUCAACCUGCUCUUUAGUGCUGCCAGUGGGGAUGUCACAGCCAUGCGCCGCCACUACCUGUCGGGCAUGGAUAUGGGCUUGAGUGACUACGAUGGCCGCACAGCCCUGCAUCUGGCCGCUGCUGAAGGCCACCUGGAAUGCGUCGAGUUUUUACUAAAAAUCUGUGGUGUGGACGCCAAUGUCAAAGACAGGUGGGGCCACACCCCGCUAGACGAUGCACGUCAAUUUGGCCACGCUUCCGUGGCCGACUAUCUUUCCAAGUGGGAGGCACCCUCCUUGACUGCGGCAGUGACAUCUGUCACCAACCAUCAGCCACAGACGGCAUUGCCGCAGAGUGGCACCGAUAGCAGCGACGCCCUCCCACCGGCCCCCAAGGCGGCAGCAGCCGAUGGCACCAGCCGUCCCGACAUUGCUGCUUUUAAGGGCAAAAGGUGAAUGGCACGUCCAGGCCGCAUCGGCAGGGAUCCUUUGUCCACACUUAGUGGCGUAAGUGGAGGCUGUGCAUCCUCUCUCGGAAAUCAUUUCCUACUAACUUUGUAGGAUGCCUGCCCCUUCACUUCUGUAACUUUCUCGCUGGGAAGACCCAUAAAAGCAUUGGCUUCCUUAGCAACUUUCCUGUUCCACUAUUCUGCUUUUGAUGCCAGCAAGAACUGUCUCGAUGUCCUGUAUGCCUACUGGCUGAAGUGGUGGAAGUGGUUAGGCCAGUUCACACAGUUAAUGUUCUGCAAGCUGAUAAGUGUUAACUGGAACAUCAUUGCGUUUCACACCAGAUUUUGGAGACUUCUCGAAAUUGGUGCUAACCCAGGAUUUCUGCAAAAUAGAUGUUACUUCAUUACUGUGUGGCUUUGAUUCUGCAGAGUGGAAAUGUGCUCUUAAGUUGAAUAAUUACAAAGCAAAUUAGUGAAAUUUUGUUAAUCAGCUAACAUCACUCUGCAAUUUGUCUUGUGAGCAGUGUCUCCCUCUUCACGUAAUCUACCUGAUGUGACAGAAUUGCAAUAUCUAUCACUAGAGGUAUUUAAAAAGCUCUCUAUCAAUUGGCUAACCUGGUAUAAUGAUGGCAUGCUGGCUAUAACCUCACCACACUAGUAGAAUGUAGUGUCAUUCUGAAAGCUGCAUUGAUGGCACAGUAUUGUUAGAGAACAAACAAGAAGCAUUCUGUAGACAGCUGAAACAUCUAGUUAGUAUCACGCUGAGAAAUGAUUGCCACUCUCAAGCUGAAAAGAAACAGUUUCACAGCCUGUUUUUAUGGCUUUAUCUCCAAAACAACUGCAUUGGCUCCAAGUUGCUUGACUGUGUGUAGUUGCAGAUGUAUGACAUCUGGUAUCGUGGCAUGUUGCUCAACUUAGGAGGCCAUGACACGUCUUGUAGAAUUGUCAGUGUAAAAGAUGUCUUUGUCACUUUUCAAGCUCAAAUAGCUUCUUGUUUCAGUCAAGUUUACUACUGCAUGGGAAAAUGUACAUAAGUAAAAAAAGAGAGCGAAAUUAGCAUGCAAAUGGUAUACAAGUCAAGAAAAUCCUGUAUCGAAAGAUCCCAAUCAGUAAGUGAACAAGCAGUAUAAAAAAUGCGCACCACCCAAGAAAUGAUGGCAAUGCAGAAAUUUAACCAUUAAAAACUGCUUUCACAUUGCACUUGAAUAAAAAAAGUUAAAUUGUGAGGUUCUAUGUGCCAAAGCCACGAUCUGAUUAUCAGGCAUGCCGUAGUUGCGGAUUCUGGAUUAAUUUUGACCACCCAAUACAUGGUACAUCGGCAUUUUUGCAUUUUGCCCCCAUUGAAAUGCGGUCGCUGUGGCUGGAAUUUGAUGCCGCAUCCUUGUGCUUGGCAGCACAACACCAAAGCCACUUAGUGACUAUGGUGGAUUAUGCUUGGAUACAGGAAAAUACAUAUCUUUCAGUUGCAUUGUUAAUGAUUUCAAAAAUAAGAUAGAAGAAGAAAGCCACUUAAUGUAAUAGCUCUAUCCCAACCACUUCUGAUACUACGGCCAACCAUUGUGCACAACAGGAAAGUAGCUCUUGCAGGGAUCAAAAUCAAAGCAGAGGAACCCGUGACAUAGCCACUGCACGCUUUUGCCCUUUCUAACAUCAACCUGCAGAUACCUGAUGGUGCUGAUGCUGAACACACAUAAAUUGUGUACAUGUGUGUUCUUAAUUCACACUGCUGUUCUGCUUUGUUCAGUGCAUGAGCUUUCCAGUGUUGCUUACAUGGUGAUCAGAAGUUUGUGUAUGUGUGAAAGCCAAUUAUGGAAAUGUCACAUGAAGCUUUGUUCAUCUUUUAUGUGGCACAGGUGCCAUUAGAACAUCUAGUUACUGUGAAACUGUCAGAAAUCUCAGGUCCAAUGUAGUUCUGUGAUCUUACGCAUGUUGACAGUGUAGAGAACUGUUAACACUGUUUAGCAAAUCUUGUACAUUUUUAGUGCAAAGUGCUGCUUUUAUAAGAGUAUAGUAAUAGCGAUGGUGUGCUUUUGGAUUUCCUAAAAUUUGCUGAGGAUGAAAAAAACUAAGUUAUUGUAGUCCUGAUGUUGAAUUUCACUUGAUGAACAGAAUUGUUGAGGUGAUAAAAUAUUCAAUAUUAUUGCAUCUCCCAAUAUAACCAUGCAAUGGGCCAAUCAAAUUACGGAAUAGAUAUAUCAUCCCCUUGGAUGCCAUGUUUGUCAAACAGUGUUCUUAUUGUAUCCUGCAUUUAACAUAGAAAAGUAAGAGUUCAGAGUGACAUUACAGGAGUGUAAAAACCUAAGUUCUGGAAUACCAAAUAAGUAAUAUUAGACUGGAGAUUGUGCGAGGAUUGGAACUAACAUACGGGAGACUAGCCAUAGCCUUGAAAUAUCUGGACAAGCUCAUUUCUACAGUUUCAGUGCAGUUCUGGCAGCAUUUCACUCAGGCUAGUUGAUUUCUUGUAAAUUAAGAAAUAUCACAUUACAUUUGAAAAUACAUACGUACUUAGCCUGGCAAUUCUCACAAGCUUUUCUGGCACAUUCAGUGAAUCACAAGUAGAUUUCUUGAAAUCUAUGACGUCACAAAAUUGCAUCAUUGAUGCUACUGUUCGAGUGGGGAAUUCAAGGAGAAAAAAAAGAAGCUUUAUUUUUUUCUGAUAACAAAUCUUCUUUUUCCUCAGUAUGCAGAGGGAGCUAGUACCAAAAUUGCAAUAAAAUAUAUGGCCUCUACUACUUGGGUCACCCCACUACUUGGGUCACCAACUACUGCAGGUCCUUGCUUCCUGGCCAGCUGGGAUAACUGAGUUCUGUUGCACGUACUGUGUGUUGCAUGGGUAAGCUAGCUUGAUACAAAUACAAUGGCUUGUUUUCACUAAACUAUUGCUCUCAAAUGGCACUUCACGGCGCAUUUUGCUUAAUACUAUCUGGGGUUCUUUAAUGUGCACCCAAUUCAUAGUACGCGGGCAUUUUUGCAUUUCGCCCCCAUUGAAUUGUGGCCGCUUCGGUUGGGAUUUGAUCCCGCUUAAUGCUAUCUGGUUGCAGUGCUUAACUUGUCUCAUCCUAAGUUCUGCAACAAUUGCAGACCAAGGAAAACAAGUAAUUUCUUAAGGAGAUUAACAGUAAUUUCAACUGAAGCAUCCACCACCAAGACAAUGAAAUGUGGAGAGUGGUUGUCAUCCCUAAGACCAUAGACAGCAUCACCACCCGUUUCAUCGAGAAAUUUUACCAGAGAAAUUCUAUCAUUGCUUCAAAUGAUAUGUACUUAUAUUCUGGACAUACAACAGCUUCGUCGUCAGGCGUUGGCGCCAGCAACCACUUUCAACAACUCCUCCUGUCCGACUGAAAGCAAUGUGCACCCCUACUGGCCAGUGUGCCAUGGCAACUGAGCCAACUUCCAGAAAAAGCAACCAAGCACUGAAGCUAAGCAUAUUAAGCUAAAUGCACCACAAAAUGCCAGCUGUGUGAAAUAUGAAUGUAAAUGUGGCGGUGGUUCAGCAGAAAGAGUUAUUUAUGCCAGCUUCAAUUAUCAAACCAACAUAGCCAUAUAAAGUGCCCGCCGCCAAGGAACAUUGUUCAUUUUUCACGGGAAGCAUAAGAGCGCCACUAAUAGACUGAUUUCACUUUGGGUCUCACUACACCAUCGCUGCUGCAAAGCAUGCCAGUAGCUGUAGUCCUUGGUGGGCUGAAGGUCAACUAUGUUAAAAAGCAUGUUGUGUUUGUACCACAACAAAUCCACUUGAGAUUGCAGCAGGGAUCGCACUGGAGAUCAAAAGGCAGGGACGGGAGAAUGUGAAGGUUCUACUGUAGGAAUUGGAGAUGAGUAGAUGCACCUCCUAACUUACCUCUAAAACUCAACGCAAACAUCUACAGUAGCAUUGUCCUUGGCAUUCGCCGCAAUGUUACCUCAAACCCAGGUACGGCAGAAAAACGGUGAGGACAACGGAUGGCGCUGGUAGGGCCAUCGUGUAUAUGCUCCGAGUGUGAUGAGAUUGGUCUGUUGGCUUUGCAGCCUGUGUGCUACAUUGUUGCCUGAGCUGACAAAGUAAGCAGUGGUGCCUUUGUGCACAGGAUUGACUUCAAUUCAAUCCUUUAAUUUGUUUUGUGUCGCAUUUAAUUGUACCGAUAUAUCCACCCACUGUUCAGGCACACAGCCAAAGUGCUUUCAUGCCAGGAUGUGGCCUGCUAGGCCUAAAGUGUGCUGAGCAAAGAGUCCAUCACUUUGGAAUGAACUCGCACAACCCAGCCCAGCAUUACCGGCUAGUCUGUAGCCUGACUUGGUGUUCUCCUUAGAUGUCCCUUUAGUACCUUUCUUGCAAACUAGUGUGCAAACACUAAACUGUAUGCGACAUCCCAAAAUACAAUUUGCCACUAACAGUUGCCAAUCUGUGUAAUGUACUUACGCUUGAAACAUCAUUGUGUGCUCUAGAAAAAGUGCACAAUGCGCACUUUAAUGCACCCUGGUUACAGAUCUGUUUAAUUUACAUUCUAUGAUUUUAAUUUGCAAUGUCUUUUUAUUGCUUGGACUAUAUAGUGUGUGCAACAGUAGCAUGUUGCUUUCACUUCAUUUUUUCCCCCUUCUAGUCUUGUACCAGUGCCCUUUUAGCAUUAUAUAUUUUUAAAAUUUGUUAGCACCACAUUGAUUUUAUGUACAUAGAACUUGUUCAUAGUUGUCAUUUAUUUUUGGUUGUGUUCAUUAAACAAUUUUGUGACUUUUGUACCUGCAAAACUACACCUUACAGAUCAGAGUAAUGCAACUCUUGCAAGUUGUGAAUAUGGUGUUGACAGAAUUAGAAGACUUGCAGAAUCAGUAUACUGCUGAAUUGCAAUAUGUUAUGGUAAUAAAGCUUCUAAAUAAAAUCACUAGAGGCAACUCUAGCACUAUGGUGUCUUCAGGAGCUGCAGUACGUAUGACAGUUCAGACAGCAUUGUAUUGAUAGGCAGUGUGUUGAUUUGCUUAAACUUUGGCCUUCUGGCUUAGAAUGGCUUUGCAAGUUUUCAAAUGAAUGAUUUUCAACAAAAUAUUGUGUUAUAAGUACAACAAUUCGCAAUGAUUAUGUAUGUGCACAGAGACAUUGCCUUUCUGUGUUCAGAAAACUAUGAUUGUUCAGAACUUUAGUAAGCUAAAGCGCAAUAAAUAAUGCCACAUGCGUGGAGGUUAUACAAAUCCUUGUACAAAACCCUCACUGAAAUGUGGAAAGUGGUUCGGGCACCCUACAGUAGUUGAACAAUUGCAGCACAAGAGCUCAAUCUUGUAAUUUUUGUAGGAGACUCCAUGGUUGUAGUGACUCGAUCCUUGCAGGAAUCUUGUAGCCAGCUGGUUUCCUUUUUCUUCAGGUUUGAUCUGACUUUUUACGUCUGUUCUGCUAAACACAUGCACUUAAUCAUUCCUGAACAAUAUCCACAACAAUGAAAGCUGUAUAAAUUAUAUCCAGCGCAUUUGAGUAAAAUGAAGGGCACAGAAUUUGAUUUGUUCACAGUGUUCAACAGUCUGCACUUGGCAUUUGUUAAAUAGAGUGGUGAUGAAUGCACGCCUUUUGAUAAGCUUUUUUUAUGGUGAAGGAAAGUGUGGUGAAUGGUGCGUGAAGAGUACAAUGCUUUGUGUAGGAUGUACAGCUCGACUAAAUAUGUGCAGGGUUGCUUUGUCGUACAGUAUUGUAACAUGCUCAAAUAUAGGUUGACUCUCCCUUGACUUUUCUCGAACAAAAAUUUCUAAAUUGGGGAAUUUUAAUCAUAGUCAAGACUUUAAAGGGGAACUGCAACAUUUUUCAAAUGCAGGAAAAAAAACUUUCUUGACGUGUACACGAGCCAACUAUUCCGCUGCAUACGGUGGGGAGCCCAAAAUAAUGCAUCAAAGAUCACUUGCACUCACCUGCGAUUUCAAGGUUCCCUUUAUCGUGCACUGCCUAUGGCAUCAUAUACCUGAGUGACAGCCCGUAGAUGCCAGCCACUGGAAUCGUUCGUGAUAGUGAGUUAUUAUAGCAAAUGUAGCAGCGGCAGUUGUUAAUGUGUCACGUCCAUCGCGUCACCAUUCCUUUGUCACUCUCCCACACCUUUUUCAGCAACCUUGAAGAUUACGACGACUGAAAGUUGAGCAAGUUGGUAGCGACUCGUGUUACUGAAAGGCAAAAGGUCACGCCAAUGGCAGAAAAGAAAGAAAACACAAAACUUACUUGCGCAUGCUCGAGGAAAGGCAGCACCAACCUGUCAACCAUAGGCACAUGUGGGCACUAAUUAAAGAUUACUAUUUAGGCAUCGCUAUUCCUCUUUGUGCAAGGUAAUCGAGGGCUGACUUAAUGAUUUGCCAUAUCUUGUGAAUUUGCCUAAUUGAGGGUUGACAAUGAUAUGCCGUGCCUCAAUUGUAAGGUGUACUUUGCUCUUGUGUCUGAACAAGACUAUACUGUUAGGCGGUGUUCUACUUUUAAGGAAUAUUUAUGCUCGGUUAAUCUCUGAUUGAUGCAAGACCAGUCUGCCCUACAUAAAAAGUUACCACAGCUAAAAGUUGAUAGUCGGCAUUUGUGUUGUCCUUUUUGUUACUUCUUGUGUCUGUGUUUGCAUGCCUGCCUUUCAGUACGUCAACCUUGAAGAGUGACCAUAAGUAUCCCGCAAAAAGAAAAAGCAGCAGUGCGCUAUCAAGUUGCUACCAGUGCUACCCCAGUCGGGAGAAAGCGUGCUCUUAUCAAACAUUUCUGCGGGAAUAUAUUGAUUGAAAGGAAUCAUCACUUACAUUCUCGGUUUUGGAGAAAGGGUGUUGCAUGACCCCUUUAUUUUCGGUGUCACUGAGCAUACCAAAGCAGGACAGUUCACUUCCCACUGUGAACCCUUCAUUCAGGUGCAGAACACAGCAGGUCCAAAAUAGGCUGCGUUUCGUUUCCAAUACACACGGAGGGUGACGUCAUCAGGAAGCCGAUUCCAGGAAUUUUAUAGAACGUUUUAGGCAGCUAAGGUGACAGCAAUGCUUUUUUCUGUCUAUGCAUCAGGAUCGGGCAGUAAUGUGUUAAAAUAAGUAAUAUGUCAUGCUAUAGUAUUCUUGCCUAUUAUAUGAAAACUAUAGGCUGAAUUAUUUUUGUUUCUCUGUGGUUCAGUACAUCAAGAGUUGAGUCCUCAUUUUCUCAACCUGUAUUUGACAGUUUGUCAUGAGGGGAGCUGUUUGCAAGUUGCAACAAUGUGGGGCCAUAUUCUGGAAUGAUCACUUUUGGCAACUUUUACCCACUGGAUUGGCUCAGUAGCUAUGGUGGCCUGGUACAGUGCAUGAGGUCACGGUUGUAAUUCUGCAGCUGCAUUGUGGUGAAGGCAGAAUGCAGAGACACCCACCUAAUUAAGCACAUUUUUAAAUUCAAGGCACCCUAGGUCAUUAAAAGUAAUGUGGUGUCUUCCGCUACAGCCCAGCUAUUGCCUUGAACAUCAAUGGAUAUAUAAUGCACCCACUUGCAAAUGUUUCUACUUGUAGAGGUGUAAAAUGCCUAACAGCCUACUCCUUCAGCAUACUCAAUAUGGCAUGAAAAUACCUUGCAGAACUUCUCCCAUUUGCUUUCAUUCAUUUAUUACACCUGCUUCUUGCAGCUGCGACCACUUUUUCACAGGUGGUGUAGCCAAAAGAAAACAUUCGGAGAUAGGGCCCCCAUUUUUGUGGCAUAAGCAUGAUAAUAAUGGUGAUAUGUCGUGACAAGUCUUUCAGCGUGAAGGAACACUGGUGCCUGCUCUGUUUUGCGAGUAAAAUUCUAAGGCUUUUGCAUCAGCUGUGCAGAUGUUGCUUUUACUGUUGCAUAACUAUAGAAGUGAUGUCUAUAGAAUGUAUUGUGAAGGAAAGCACAAUGUUUCUAUUAUGCGAUUGUAGCACUUGUGUCUGUAGCUGUUUUACAACUAGCACAGCAAAGCCUCUGAUAUGGCAGCCCAAGAAGACUUUGAAGCUGUUUACCUGACAUUAAAAUGAACAUGGUCUGACAAAA